AUGGCUGAGCUGGGAAGACAGAAGCGCAUUUUGGUGACCGGCGGCUCAGGGCUGGUGGGAAAAGCCAUCGAGAAGGUGGUAGCGGAUGGGACAGGACGGCCCGAUGAGGAGUGGAUCUUCUUGUCCUCUAAAGAUGCUGACUUGACGGACACGGCGCAGACCAAAGCCCUCUUUGAGAAACACAAGCCCACCCACGUCAUUCACCUGGCAGCCAUGGUGGGGGGUCUCUUCAGGAACAUCAAAUACAACCUGGAUUUCUGGAGGAGGAACGUCCACAUUAAUGACAAUGUCCUGCAUUCGGCAUAUGAGUCUGGUGUCCAGAAGGUGGUCUCCUGCCUCUCUACUUGCAUAUUCCCUGACAAGACCACCUACCCAAUUGAUGAGACCAUGAUCCACAGUGGGCCCCCUCAUGACUCCAAUUUUGGAUAUUCUUAUGCAAAGAGGAUGAUAGACGUCCAGAACAGGGCCUAUUUUGCCCAAUAUGGGUGUCGCUUCACGGCUGUCAUCCCCACCAACGUCUUUGGGCCUCAUGACAAUUUCAACAUUGAGGAUGGGCAUGUUCUGCCAGGCCUCAUCCACAAAGUGUACUUGGCAAAAAAAAACGGCACACCCUUGACCAUCUGGGGGACAGGAAAGCCAAGGAGGCAGUUUAUAUACUCUCUGGACCUGGCGCGGCUGUUCCUCUGGGUCUUGAGGGAGUACGAUGAAGUGGAACCCAUCAUCCUGUCUGUUGGAGAAGAGGAUGAAGUCUCUAUACGGGAAGCUGCGGAGUGCGUCGUGGGAGCCAUGAACUUCAAGGGAGAGCUCCGUUUUGACACAACUAAGUCAGACGGACAGUUCAAGAAAACGGCCAGCAAUUCCAAACUGAGAAAAUACCUACCAGAUUUUCAGUUCACCCCAUUCCAUCAAGCCGUGAAGGAAACUUGCGACUGGUUCUGUGCCAAUUAUGACAGCGCCAGGAAAUGAGGAAAGGGA